GCGCUUGCCAGCCCGCGUGGUGGACCCACGGUGGAGAUCGCUCGCCCGUGAUAACUUGAUAAGAGAGCAUUUCCCCCAGCGAUCGUCCCAUUCUCAACUCCGUACUCCGUAUUCGUGCGCACUCCUGCGGACUCGGACCAUGAACUCGACCGUCGUUCUCGUGCCGGGCGCCUGGCACCUGCCCACGUGUUUCGACCAGCUGCGCCAGGAACUGCACGCCUUGGAUAUAGAGUCUGUGGCCGUCGCCAAUCCUUCCGUGGAGAACUGCCAGCCGCCGAAGAACCUGACGCACGACGUGGCCAAUUUGCACGCCGUUCUGGCCCGCCUGGCCGACGAGGGAAAGACGAUCACGCUCGUCGCUCAUUCCUACGGCGGCGUCGUAGCCUCGGGCGCAGCCCAGGGGCUGGGUCUCGCCCAGCGACAGGCCGCCUCGCAGAAGGGCGGAAUCGCAAGAGUGAUUUAUCUUGGUGCCUUCGCGGUGCCGGCAGGAGUAUCGGUACUCCAAGCAGUCGGAGGCACGGCUCCUCCCUGGUGGGAGUACAAGGAUGACCAAGUCGUAGUGAGCGAUCUGCAUGCGUCCAACCCAGCGCACAUCUUUUACAAUGAUGUUCCGGUGGAGAUUCAGAACCAUUGGAUCUCCCAGUUGCAGCCGCACACGGCCGCUUCUUUCCAGAUUCCCAACACCUACGAGCCGUGGAAUGAUAUCCCGUGCACUUACGUGUUUACCGAGCAAGACAAUGCCAUCCCAUUGUUUGCCCAGAAGGCUAUGGCGGGUGGCAUGGGAGACAUAUCGACUGUCAGCUUAGAUGCGUCUCAUUCGCCGUUUCUGAGCAUGCCUAAGAGAGUGGCAGAAGUGAUCCGGGAUGCGAGUCAAUAAGGUACGAAAACAGGAAUGAUAGGGAUGUGAAAGAGACAGAGAGAGAGGAAAUCCAGAGUUAGGGCUGGCCUGUCACGGGACUUUCCGGGAUGCACAGAAUCGACGCCUUUGGAUCGGACUCUCAUGUCCCGCUCAAUUAGCAGUUUGUCUUGUCUCUGAAGUUGCCUGAUCUGUUUAGAAGCCGCAUCUGGGCGCAUCUCUGGAUGACUACAGCAUCUGUCUGACAAAUUUCAGCCGGUCUGAAAACUACCUUACAAUCUUACAAAUCUAC